GAUGUGAUCUUCAUGGUGUGCUGGUGGGGAUCUGAGUUUUAAUCUACCCCAAUGGAUGCAGACAGUGAUGUUGCAUUGGACAUUUUAAUCACAAAUGUAGUGUGUGUUUUUAGAACAAGAUGCCAUUUAAACUUGAGGAAGAUUGCAUUAGAGGGUGCAAAUGUGAUAUACAAGCGUGAUGUUGGGAAAGUAUUAAUGAAACUUAGGAAACCUAGGAUUACAGCCACAAUUUGGUCCUCAGGAAAAGUUAUUUGCACAGGAGCCACCAGUGAAGAAGAAGCUAAAUUUGGUGCCAGACGAUUAGCCCGUAGUCUGCAGAAACUAGGUUUUCAGGUAAUUUUCACAGAUUUUAAAGUUGUCAAUGUUCUAGCCGUGUGCAACAUGCCCUUUGAAAUCCGAUUGCCAGAAUUUACGAAGAACAAUAGACCUCAUGCUAGUUAUGAACCAGAGCUUCAUCCUGCAGUGUGUUACAGAAUAAAGACUCUCAGAGCUACUUUACAAAUUUUUUCAACAGGCAGUAUCACAGUAACAGGGCCAAAUGUAAAGGCUGUUGCCAGUGCUGUGGAACAGAUCUAUCCGUUCGUGUUUGAAAGCAGGAAAGAGAUUUUAUAAUUCAUCACUUAAUGGUUAGGUUCCCUAACCAAGCACCUUUAAAGACUGCUGCACAUUGGACUAAAAGGAAAACUGGACCAACAAUAGCUGAGGAAAUACAGACUCUUUCACUUGUUCAUGGCCACAGUGUAAACUCCAGCCCGUUUGGAUUUUAUUUUGAACAGUGCUGUAUUGUAAAAAUGAAAGUUUACAAGAUAUGAAAUUGCUGCUUUUUAAAAGACGCUCUAUUUAUUUUUGCAGUAAUUUCUGUGUCUUCAUAAGCAAAACUGUCACGAUGUGCACUACCUUUAAAACAUUUUUAGUUUGAGCUUGUGUUUUAUUUGUGAAUAGUCUUUUACAUUUUUGUAUGCUGAAUAUUGGGCACCAAAGAAGCUGUAAAAGUUAACUUUUUUCACUUGAUGAAUGUGCACAAAUAAAAGUUUGGAAAAUAUCUUUCUUCAUACCUGUUCUUUUACGUUCCUUUUCCUCUUUCGUAUUACAGUUAAAAUUGUAUAGUUGCUAAUUCAUUUGGAACAAAUGUAAGGAUAGCUUGUUGCUAAUAUUUUUGUUUCUUUUUGUAGUAUAUGUGUAUAAUAAUAUGCAGUGGACUUGACUGGAAUAUCUGGUACUCGCGUACAUGUAUCUGAUGGCAGAAUUUGGUUCAUCCUUAAGUUUUUCUUAAUUAUAUGCCAGAUUUUAAGAAUUGUUUCUUUCUGUGUUGCUGAAGAGAAGAUGCUUCUAAACCUUAUGGCCUGCAACAAUGAUUUUUUUUCUGCAGACAAUGGAAAACUUUAUGUACUUGAGAAGCUGUAAUAGAAAAAUCAACUCUUUUAUCCACGGGCUGUAUGGAAAAAAUGGAGCUAUGACAUGAGUUUCUUCCUGGUGACAAACCUUCAUUAUUCAGGAAAGACCAUAUUCUUAGAGCUGGAAUGAAGCAAUGUAGUGGCUGUACUGAUCUAAUCCCAGGCUACUUCUAAAGGCAUAACAAAGUCCUUUUCCAUAUUAUUUCUGUUGGAUAAUUAUAUUUUCCUGACAGCAACUGCCAGCAAGUAACAAAGUUUGUAUCUGGCGUGUGGUUUUAUUGAUAUUAAUCUUGGACUUACAAGGCAGUACUUAUUUUCUCUUCGAAUGUGCACAUAUGGAACAGUGGACAGGUGAAUACAUAAAGUAAAUGAAAAUGCUACUUUUAAAAAUGACAAUAAAUAUGUAUAACUAUAUGCAU